GCGGGGCAGAGCGGCCGGGGGAGCGCUGAGGGAGGUGAAAGGCGAGUUCUUGGAAAGCCGCGUCAAAUCCAGGGCUGUCCGAACGCCAGAGCCCACCCUGCAGCCUGCCCAGCUCAGUGAGCGACCUGAACUGGGGACCUGCUGUUGCUCUAAAUAAGAGCUGUGGUUGUCUUGUGCUGUUGGGUGAGAAAUUCUCCUGGAAGAGGAGGACGACAGACACUUGGAGCUUGCUGGGAUUGCUGGCAGAGAGCAAAAGCCAGGCUGGAACAGAGCAAAAAAACCCACAGGAGACUUCAGACUGGAAUUCUGCAGGGGCACAGUGCUACUGGGAAAAGCAACAGAAGGUAGCAAAAAGAGCUUUUCCAGGCUGGAUCAUCUCUACAAGCCAGGUUUUCUCCUUGCCUUGGGUGCCCCAUCACAGCAGCCGUGCUGCAGGAGGAAAACCUGGAAAAAGAUGCUCUGAAGUGUCACACGUCAAAGAAGGAAAGCUUGGAUCCUGCCUUGGAGGCUGCUGUAGCACACAGCACUGGAGAGGAGAACCAGAGGGAAUUAACUGGCCAUCAUUCCCAGUUCCUGCUCUCUCAGUGGUUGGUGUCCCCCGUUGCUGGACUUUGCUUGAUGGGGAUCUCUGCUGCAGGAGCAGGCUCUGCACUCCAAGGCAGGCGAGCAGGGAUAGGAGAGGUCGCUCCUAGAUGCCGGAAAGGCCAUUUGUGUAAGCUCCUGGCAGAAGAUUUCUUCUGGAACAGCUGCUGGCUGUAGGCCCACCAAGCCAAGGGUCAGGAUAGCCUCUGAACAGCAUGUCUGCCAAGCCUGAGAAGGAGACCCACCAGGCCAAUGGGGCUGUGCCUGUGGACCAUCUCACCAGUCCGGAGCAGGGGCAGCUGGUGGAGCCCUCAGAUUUCCUGGGCCCUGCUGCAGUAGAAGCAGUGGUGCUGGAGUCCCGUGCCAACGCCAAAGGGGUGCGAGAAGACGAUGCCCUGCUGGAAAAUGGCAGCCAGAGCAAUGAAAGCGAUGACACCAGCACACACCAGAGUCCUGAGCCAGCCUCGCCCCUCAAGGAGACCUCCUUUUCCAUCGGGCUGCAAGUCCUCUUCCCGUUCCUCCUGGCAGGCUUUGGGACAGUUGCUGCUGGAAUGGUGCUGGACAUUGUGCAGCACUGGGACGUCUUCAAAAACGUGACCAAUCUGUUUAUCUUAGUACCUGCACUGCUGGGCCUGAAGGGGAACCUGGAGAUGACCCUGGCAUCCCGCCUGUCCACUGCUGCUAAUAUUGGCCAAAUGGACACACCCAAAGAGUUCUGGAAGAUGAUAACAGGAAACAUGGCUCUGCUACUGGUUCAGGCCACCGUGGUUGGCUUCCUGGCCUCCAUCGCUGCCGUGGUGUUCGGAUGGAUCCCAGACGGGCACUUCAGCCUGUACCACGCUGUCCUGCUCUGUGCCAGCAGUGUGGCCACUGCCUUCGUUGCUUCCCUUUUUCUGGGAAUGAUUAUGAUUGGGGUCAUCAUUGGAUCCAGGAGGAUGGGGAUCAACCCUGAUAAUGUGGCCACCCCGAUUGCUGCCAGCCUGGGGGAUCUGGUCACCCUGGCUCUGCUGUCAGGAAUCAGCUGUGGCUUGUACAAGGACCUGGAGAGCAAGUUCUACGUGAAUCCCCUGGUGUGCGCCUUGUUCUUGGCUCUGCUGCCCAUCUGGGUCUUCGUUGCCAGGAAGGAUCCAGCGACCUGGGAGGUGCUUUGUUCCAGCUGGGAGCCCGUGGUCAUCGCCAUGGCCAUCAGCAGCGUUGGGGGGUUGAUUCUGGACAGGACGGUCUCGGAUCCGAACUUUGCUGGGAUGGCUGUUUUUACACCAGUGAUCAAUGGUGUGGGUGGCAACCUGGUGGCAGUGCAGGCCAGCCGCAUCUCCACCUACCUGCACAUGAGUGGGAUGCCAGGAGAGAGCUCCAAAACAGCCCCUUGGAAGUGCCCCAGCCCUUGCAGCACUUUCUGCAGCUCAGACGUGAACUCCCGCUCUGCCCGGGUGCUCUUCCUCCUGGUGGUGCCUGGACACCUGGUGUUCCUCUACACCAUCAGCUCCAUGCAGGGUGGCCACACCACGCUCACCCUGAUCUUCGUGGUGUUCUACAUGACAGCUGCACUGCUCCAGGUUCUUAUUCUGCUCUACAUCGCUGACUGGAUGGUGCACUGGAUGUGGAACAGGGACCUCGACCCAGACAACUUCUCCAUCCCAUACCUGACAGCACUGGGGGACCUCAUUGGAACAGGGCUCCUCGCUGUCAGCUUUCACAUCCUCUGGCUCAUCGGGGACCGGGACUCCGAUGUGGGGGAUUAGCUCCCCCUGCUCCCCCCUUCCCACACUUCUCCUCCUCCUCCUUUCAUUUCUUGUCACUUCUUUUCCUCCACCUUUACUCUUCUUUGCUUCCUCCCCACACCCUGUCUGUCUCUCUCGAGACUUCAUCUUUAGUACUGGAUUCUCAUUAUUUUCAAUGGGAAUUUUAUGGGGUUUAUAUUCCAAGCCCGGUUUGUACAGAAAAAAAUAUCUCUAGUUUUAGGAAGGACAAAAAAAAAAAAAUAAGUGUAACAAGACAAUCACCAAGUGCAAUUUCGUAGGAGCUGUGUCUGAACCAAGGUUACAGUGAAGUUCCUGGUCAGUCAGAUCGUGCAAGGAGCCCCCCCUGCCCCACUCACUCGAGGUCAAGGGCUGCUUUUUCGCUUCAUAAGCGUUUUAAAUCCUGGAGCUCAAGUUCAGGUUUAUUUUACUGAACUGGCACCUUCUAGCAAAGUACAACCUCAUGGAGGAGGGCAUGGGGCAUCUCCUGCCUUCUCUGCCCUGACGCCCUCCUGCCUUGUGUUGGCUCUCUGAAGCUCCAUCCCGUGCCCAGCACCCAAAGGCUGAGGGAGUCUCUGGGAGAGGGAUGAGUGAAGAAGGUGAGGAAGGGUCCUGGGUGCCCACAGGGAAGUGAGUGAUCUUGGCAUUGAGGACUGCAAAGCCCCCAAGCCUGGCCAUGAGCAGGCUGGUCUCUGCUGGCAGGUUGAGUCUCCCUUUUGCCAACCAUCCAGCAGCAUCUCACACUGCUUGUUCUGCCUCUGUGAACUGAGUUCAGCUGCUCUGUGCUUUGUCAUAAGGGGCUGUGAGCUUUCCCCAUCCAUCAUACCCCUCCCACCUGCCAGUGCUGCACUGGAGGAUCUGCUGGAGCCCUCAUGGAUGC